AGUUCAGACACGGUUGUUGACCGCCGGGUCGCGGCUGCGUGUGUUUGUGUUCCCCGCGAGGCAGAAUGGCCGCCCUGCGUGCGGCGAAGCGUGCCCUGAGGAACGACAUCAAACGGCGGGUCGCGGCGCUCAGCGACCGGGAGAAGCUCCGGCAGUCCCGCGUCGUGUCGACGCAGCUAUUCAGACACCCGAAGUAUGCAGGCUGUGAGCGCAUUGCGGUGUUCCUUAGCAUGGAUGAUGAGGUGAGCACUGAGGAAAUCAUCAAGGAUGUCUUUAAACAGGGUAAAACCUGUUUCAUCCCCAAGUACCAGGUCAACACCAGUCAUAUGGACAUGCUGAGGCUGAAUAGUGUGCAGGACAUGGAUACCCUACCUCUCACUUCCUGGAACAUCAGACAGCCUGCUGACGGUGACAAUACCAGAGAAGAAGCACUGGCUACAGAAGGCCUGGACUUGAUCCUGAUGCCAGGCUUGGGCUUUGACCGAUCCGGGAACCGUCUGGGGCGAGGGAAAGGCUUCUACGACACCUACCUGGAGCGUUGCAUCAGACACCCCCGGGGCAAGCCGUACACCAUCGCCUUGGCCUUCAAAGAGCAGCUGUGUCAGGAGAUCCCAGUCAACGACAACGAUGUGCUCAUAGAUGAGGUCCUGUAUGAGGACAGGGAGUAGAAGACUAGAGAGACUUCAUCUGUGAUGCAGUGGACAGACCACUGCAACAGUGGGAGUGGAAUCAAAUGGUCAUAUAAGAAUGACUAAGGCUUUGAAAGCUAAACAAGUUAUUUCAGCAAAUCUAAUUGGUCGAUCAAAUUGUGGAAAACGAAAACGCAGUUGAAAUUUGAGGUGAAAGCUUUCUCCUCAAAAGGUUACGUUUCAGUUUAAACUUGACAAGAGCGAAAACAGUUUGUAAACCAUUGCUGAAAAUAGGCUCCGACAGCCAUCUUGUAUUAUUGUUCACAAAUUAUAAUUACUGACUGAGAAAUUUUUAAGAUUGUAAAAAUUUUAAGAAGCUUUGUAUGUCAUCAGUGUUAAAAAUGUCAAAUUAUUGCAUGAGUUUACAUGAUACCCUUUCUGGGUUUAAUUUUCUUUUUCUACUUGUAGGAUGCCUCUGCAAACAAUUUAAAAAUAUUUUUAUUAUUUCCUGGCCUUUCAAAAAAAAAAAUUUCCAGGAAGGUUGGUGCAGAAAUUCAUCCAUUAACUAAAUUGUUUGACCCUGAGAGAGACCACCAAUUCCCUUAUUACCGGCAUUGUAAACCUCCAAACAUAGAGUCCAGUGCUGAGACCUGUUGGUUUUGAAUCGUCAUCAAAAAUUAACACAUUUUUGUGCCGUUCUGAAGCAAGUUUACAGCAUUUUUCUUUUACAACACAUGAACUGAUAUGGACAGGAAAUCAAAUUUUCCUCAAAAUCUAGGUAAUGUCCACUAUUUGCCUUAAAGAUGAACUGCAGAGUUUUUGGCCACUAGUAGCGCUACUGAGCAUAGGUG